CAUGUGUUGUUGUUUGUUCUCGUAGCGAAUUUGACAUAAAUUUAAUAUAAUAUAAAUUAAAUUAAAUUAAAAUGGAGGAAGUCCUUGGGGUACUGGAGCUGGAGAACAUGCAGUGUGAAGUGUGUGGGGAGAAGACCUUCCAGGAGCGGGAGGGCUACUACUACUGCGUGGAGUGCGGCAUGCAGAAGGACCAGAUUCGGGCUGUGGACCUCACCGCCGACGAGAACUUCAAUGAAACCGCUCCCGGGAAAUACGCCUCCAGGACAAUCCGCCAGCCAAAGAAGGAUGCGCCCAAGGAGAAGGACAAUGACAUCACCUCGUGGGAGUUCUACAACUACGUCCUACGCGGCUUCCUGCAGGAGCUGCUCAACAUGGGCGCCAAGCCGGAGCUCAAGCUGAUGACCCUGCAGGUGUGGGCGGCCUACAUGAGCCGCAUGGAAGUGGCCUUUUUCCGAAACAACGAGAUGGGCCUUCCCAAGCUAAAUGUUAGAGCACUCCACAGAGAUGCCCGCAUCCUCUACAACCGCAAACGAUUAAAGGUCAAGAGGGGCAAAAGGACCAGGGCAUCAGGAGAUGCAAACGACGAUCGCGCCAAGUUCAGGCUCUGGAACAAAACUAAGCGCGACCUCGACGCUUCGCGCUUCACCAAAAUGGGUGUUCCUUCGGAGUCCGAAGGAGAGCACAGUCUCCGCCUGCAGUGGUCCCUACACGCCCGAAGGACUCUGAAGCGACACAUGCCGCUGAAGCACCUGGACAAGCACAGCCAGGACAGCAAGAGCAGCAUGGGGUGCCACGACUUGAGACCGAUGGUCAAAACACUCAAGCACUUUGACCGCAACAUGUUCUGCUUGAACCUCACCAAGUUGUACGUUGUGCUCGGCAUAGCCCUGAACAUGGUGGAGGAUGAUAUACAGCUAACGGACUUGCUGCGGUUCAUCGAUGAGGAGCACCUGACCAAAAGAUAUUUGCUCAACUAUCUGCCCGAAAAUGUGGCCGCGAAGGGCAAGGCGCUGUUUAAGGAGAUGGAGUUCGGCAACCACAGGGACAAGUGCACCUAUAAGGCCCUGCGUCUAAACAUCGGUUAUAUGUCGGGAUAUAUAAACCUGAGCGAAUUCCAGAAACCGAAUCUGCACUCCCUGGCCGAGCGAUAUAUCCUGGAGUUGGGCCUGCCUCCUCGCCUGGUCAAGUACGUUGGUAGCCUGAUCGAUUUGUAUCCGCCAUCGUUCUUCAACGCCAUGGGCCCACACAUGUAUCCGCGUUUUGAGGCCAGAACGAUGGCCUACAUCCUUUACGCCAUGAAGCUGCUCUUCGGGUUGGACGAUGUUAAGGAGCAACUGAUAUCCGAAUCGGCUGCUAAGAUCAACGAACAUCUGGUGGAAGCCGGCGGAGAUGAAGCUCCCUUGCUCUUUGUUUUCACGGAGUGGAUGCAGUUCGUGGAAAUACGGAAAGUGAUAGUCUCACAUUACAACCAGAGUUUUGCUAAUCGCUUUGGAGUUGCCACACAAAUCGGAAGGCAGGUGGAUGACAUCCUGGCCAAGGAGCGAAAAGAGAAGGAGCAAGGAUAUAACUAUGAUGAGAUGCAGGGUACGCCAGCAAUGCAGCGUCAGCAUGAAAACCUGACCCACAUAAUUGAAACUAUGUUAAAGGAGCACUUCGGCGAGUCCAGCCAAAAAAGUGCGGAUAAAGAUCACAUUGAAUUCCAGCCCAGCUUGACGCCCGCUCACUCCUACUUUCAAAGAAUUUUACUUUAUGCUUCUCAAUCGGAUGGUGCGCAUAUGAGCUUAAGGAUUCCAGACUGCAUGCACGUGAAUCAUGCGCAGCGAGACCUGGAUCCCUUUGUUAUGGAGACGGAAAAACUAUCACACUACUUAUCCCAACUAAGUCUUAAUCUGCGAGUGGAAGAAGUCGCCUGCCAGGAGGACAUACAGGAAGUGGGCAUAUACCGCCCGCUGCAGCACAUUCGAAGUGACAAGCGGGAAUUCCGGGCCAACACUGACAUUAAAACCGAAACGUGGCUCGGAGAGCUGAAGAGGAAGGAGAAACGGCCGGACUUUAAAUUCUUUCAGCCCACUGGAACCUAUGGAGCACGGUAUUUGAACAGUUUAACGAAGCAUUAUAAGAAGCGUGAAGGACUGGAGGCAAAUAAUCCUUAUUGGGAAAUUACCAAGACACCCAGUUACAUGCUCAAAGUGAACGAUAAGGAGGUACUACUCGACACCUUAAGCUCGCUGCAAACCUUCGAGGAGGGGAGCAUGGACCCGUUAAAGGUACCACUAGACUUACCCCGUCGUCAUCUAGAACGAAGUCAGAUUUCCGAAGAGGCAGAGAAGAAUAAAGAAGAUAAAAGGACAGAGGACACAAGCGAAGGGCCGCGAAGCUCUGAUGAACUCUUGCUGCGUGUCUCCAACUUUGAUUGCUGGCUUCUGCACGGCUAUAAUAGCCACAUUAGGGAAUCGGACAAGAGAGAGUUGCGUCAGUUCUUUCCCUGUUCCUUUCGCUGGCUCCUGGAGACCUGUGCUGCAACCAUUGGCGUUAGCUGGGAUGUGCUCUACGAGCAACUGCUCAUCCUGGAGGUGAUGUUCCAUCACAGCAUCGGGGACUGGAGCAACCAUAGGGAACUCCUAUGCAUCCAGCACAAAAAUCAGAGGAAAGACAUCCGAACGCUAGCCAGGACAUACAAGGAAUUUUGGUAGAAGGGGGUUGUUUAUGAGCGCUUUAAGACUUAAAACAUAAGACCAUCUCAAAUACGGCAAAUAAAGUUAACUGGAUAAAAGCGUAAAAGGCUUAAGAGAUUUUUUAGCCACUUAGCAAAAUAAUAUGAUAAGGGUCGAUCAUUUACCUUAGAAACAUUGGUGCUGUUUCCUAACUCAACAGAAAACUCAAAAUUUGAUUCAAACUAGAUCAAAUAAAAAUCUUAAUUUCAAUAUCUCUAUGAUAGUAUGUAUUAUUUGUAUUAUUAUUAUUAUUAAUAUAUUAUAUUAUAUUAUUAUUUCUUUUCA